AAUACAAAGUGCAUAAAAUUUACGCUAACUUAAAGUUAAUUACUAAUUAAAUUCCCCUGCAAGCUGCUGCUGCGUCCCUAGCGAAGAGAAACGAAAUUCGUGUGAACCAGGGAGGCCUGACAAUUCCACUCGAUUGGGACAUAAAAUUAUACAGUUUCAGUUUAUAAAAUUCCUGCGGCAUUUUGGCGAUUUUUAAGUUGAUUAAACUACAUUUGAAUAUUGCAAAACUGUCACUAAAAGCUUAUAAAAUUGGCAAGAUAACUAAGCAUAACUCAAAGAUGCCGCCAGCGUCUGCGGUGAACAAUAACAAUGCGGCUGUGCAAGCGGCAGCUGCGGAGAGAGCAGAAAAACUACGAGGGUCACUCAAAGGCUUCAUUUUAGCAGACCGACAGCGCAGACAGGAGGAGUAUGAAAGACAGUGUGAGGAGUUGCGUGUGCGACGGGAGCGGGAAGCACAAGAGCGUGAGAAUAACUUGUCGCUGGAGGAUACACGUGGACAGAUAACCAGACUGGAUGAGCAACUGGCCGAUUUGCAUCAGAAGAAGCAUCAACUGGUGGUGCAGCUCAAGAAGGUGCUAAACGACGACGAGACGCGCAAGAAACUGGCCAAGGAGAACGAAUUGCUUGCCCUACAGCAAGCCCAGAUGAUGCAGCAUGUGUCCACGGCACAAGUGUUUUUGCCACCUGUGCGCCUGCAGCACCAUCAACUGCCCAUGCUCCAAAAGCCACCACCUGGCAGUCAAUCCACGUCUGUGAAGCGUGGACGCAGUCCCUCGCCUCCAAGUCAGCAUCAGCAUCAGGCUUAUUACAAGAGUCCCGCCAGCUAUGCGCCACAACAACAACAGAAACACGAUGACUACCGUCGUGCCGCGGACUAUGCUAAAAUGUCAUGGAACAAGCAAACGGCACAGUAUCCGAGCACAGGCACCCUGUUUUAUCAGACCACCGCAGCGGCGCCAACAACACAGCAUCAGGCAGACGCACGUCUACAGUCCAUAUAUAACUAUAGUCUGCCGCUGAGACCGGCAUACCAUGUGGAGCUACAAGCUGGUCCAAGUGCCACGGUUAGCAAGGCACCUGGAUCACAGUCACCGUCACCUAAAACGCAGCCGAUGCAGGUGCUGCACAUCAAUCUGGAUCAACCGCCCAUUUCACAGGCUGAUCUGGUGCAGGUUCAGUCCGGCGCCGGCAGUCUAUCCGUGCAAACGUCCAAGCCGCAGGUGACCAUGGAAAAGCUACCGGAUCGCUAUCACAUUGAGGUCAAACAUGAUGGUCCACCCCAGGGUCAUGUGCCACCGCCACCGCAUUUGCUGUCCGAAGGUGUGAUUUACAAGCCACAUUUGGGUGAGCUAUCGCUGCAUCCCAAUGUCUUGCAGAUUAGCACUAGUGCGGCACAGAAUCCAAAGUCAACUGGAAGCAUUACACAAGGCUAUGCGCCAGGACGCGGAGCUAGUGCCUAUGAUCAGCAAUUGGCCAGGCAACAAUUGUCCAUGUUGCCCGGACAACCGGGCUCUGGGUCCGGCUCCGGGCAGCCGCCUCAUGGCCAACAGCUGCAGUACUCGCGCCGCUUAUAUUAAUUCCGAUUACAUUAAGGUACAUUUGUAUCUGCUAAGCUCACAUGUAAUUUUACGAUUUUAACCGGACAUGAUUUUUGAUUUUUGACUAAGCUGCUUUGCAGCAGCACAGAAUAAAAAGCACACAACUAUGGCGUCCCUAUUUUCCAA